AUGUCUCGGGCCAGGAAGGCAGACGACAUGACGUCGCCUUUCGCAGAUUCUCAUGAUCUCGAUUUCAUCCACCCAGCAUAUCGAUCGACCCAACCAAGUCCACUAGGUCAAAGGCGCAGCGACAGCGAAGUCGCAUCAAUUGAGAACUAUGGCUUCAAUCGAACCCGAGACACCUCGGAGGAGGACUCAUGGCGAGGGCUGAACAGUUAUCGGGCAAGUGGCAGGCGCAACCACGAGUACAAGACCUACCUGCUGGACGGAAAGAUUGAAAAACCCUGGACCUCAGACAAGAAAUACAAAGCGCCUCGCAAAGGCAAUUGGUAUAUCCUCGGAGGACUUUUCCUCGCGAUAGCUCUCAGCGCCGUUGUCAACUGGAGAAUUGCGGUCGGCGUUCCAGAUCAUGAGUAUUGUCUAGUCCUAGAUGAUUCCUUCAGCAGUCUCGACAAGGAUAUCUGGAAACACGAAGUUCAGCUCAACGGAUUUGGCACGGGGUCAUUCGAUUGGACGACGACUGACGAUAAAAACGCCUUUACUGAUGGAGAUGGACUGCACAUCAUGCCCACAUUUACUACCGAAACGACAGACAUCACCGAGGAGCAAGUACACGGCGUUCCCAAACCUUAUACUCUGAACUUGGGCACGGCACGAAAUGACACCAGAAACGCAACGAUCAAGGGUGAUGGUUCAUGCACAGCCGACAAGACUUCCGAAUACUACAUCGAUGCGUGCAGCAGGCAGUCCAACGAAUCGUCCCAUACGAUCAUAAAUCCCGUAAGGUCAGCGCGCCUUACCACGCAGGGUUCCCGAUCGAUUACGUAUGGUCGUGUUGAAGUCGUGGCCAAGGUGCCGAAGGGCGACUGGCUCUGGCCGGCAAUAUGGAUGAUGCCUGAGGACUCAGUAUACGGGAUCUGGCCGCUGAGUGGCGAGAUCGAUAUCAUGGAAAGUCGCGGUAACGCCCGUGGCUACAGGAACGGCGGAAGAGAGGCAGUCUCAAGCACGAUUCAUUGGGGCACGUCGUGGAAAACCGACAACUUCUACAGGACAACACAAAAACACACGAUCCAAAGGACAGACUAUUCUGAGGGCUUCCAUACCUUCGGCCUCGAGUGGUCCGAAGACUACUUGUACACAUGGGUCGACAACAGACUUCAGCAAGUCCUCUACGUCGAUUUUAGGAAGCAGGAUCUGUGGUCACGCGGCCAUUUCCAAGGAGAGUACGAAAACGGUACCAUGUUGACCAACCCAUGGUAUAUCAGCGGAAACAGGAACGCACCCUUCGACCAGAAGUUCUUCUUGAUCCUCAAUGUUGCGAUCGGGAGUCGCAACGGCUGGUUCGAGGAUGGCCAUGGAAGCAAGCCAUGGGUUGACGGCAGAGACUCUGCGGCAUCUGACUUCUACGGUGCCCGAUCGGAGUGGGAACCAACCUGGGCAGCCGGCAACGAUCGUGGUCUCACUGUCAAGAGUGUCAAAAUGUGGCAGCAGGGUGCAUGUAGCGCAUAA